AUGGCAGACGCAGAACAAUCCGAGGCGCCCGUGGAGCUGCAGGGCAGAAAUGUGAUUUACUGUGGAGUGUGUACUCUGCCGCCAGAGUACUGCGAGUAUGGCGGCACCGUCAGAAAAUGCCAGGAAUGGCUCGAGAAACACCACCCGGACAUGUAUUCCAGGAUAUGGUCCCCCGAAGCCCUAGAAGCAGCCACCGCUGCCCUCUCCGUCGAUGCCCAGAAGAGAGCCGCCAAGGAUGCCCAGAAGAAGGCUGCCAAGGCCGAGGCUGCAGAGCAGAAGCAGGCGAGUAAACUGGCCUCGAGCGUCGUCACCAUUAAGCGAAUCGAGAGAAACAAGAAAAAGUUUGUCACGGCUGUUAUUGGUCUGGAAGCGUUUGGUUUGGAUUUGAAAAAGGUACUGAUUGUCGUUUUCUUUCUCAAGGUUGCCAAGGAUUUCGGAAAGAAAUUCGCAACGGGAUCUUCUGUUACAAAGCUUCCUAGCGGCGGUGAAGAAAUCGUGGUUCAAGGAGACGUCAGCGACGAGCUAGAAGAGUUCAUUCUGGAAAAAUACAAGGAUGUACCGGAAGACAAUAUCGAGCUAGUGGAUGACAAGAAGAAGAAAUCUAGUGGAUGA